AUGAGUGCAAGAAAGCUUAAAAGUGGCGAAAGUGCAAAAAAAAUUAAACCUUGGAGUCUAGAAGCUCAAAUGGAGUUCAUUAAACCUUAUUUGUUUACUGAAAACGACAAUGAAGUUAGUAACAUUCCUGCUCUUCCUGAAUCUCCUAUUUCAGUUUCUUCUCCAUUAAACGAUUCAACAUUUGUAUAUGAAGAAUCAUGUGAGGCAAUUGAGAAAAAUGAUGAACUUAACACCCAUCAUAAAGAGACUUCAGGAAAAAAGUUCUUGGUAACUAAAAAAAAACUGAUACAGCUGCAGACGUGCUACGCCAGUACAUAG